AGUUAUAUCGACCAUUUACAAUAAGAAUAUUUAUCAGGUUUCUAACUUCUAACCUCUAAUAUUGGCACAUUUAUAUAAAUGAUAGCUUCCUUUAAUUAUAAUAUAUUUUCAUAAAUAAUCAUAUUAAUUUAUAACACUUACAAUAUUUACGUACGUGAAUAUUUUGAAAAAUUUCCUCCUGGGAAAUGCAAGUGUGGAAUGCCUCAUAUUUGCAUAUAUUAAUUAUUUUAAUUAAUAUUUAAGAUAUAUAUACUUUGUAUGCGAUAUUUUUAUGUAAUUAAAAAAAAAAAAAGAAUAAAAGACAAAUGCUAUCACAUUUAUGUUGCAUAUCCUAAAGCUCUUUUGCUCUGUACGAAUGAUUGAUACAUUUAAAUGUAGUAAACUAUAAUCGUUUUGGAAUAAGUAUGCUUUACACGCCGGCAUUUAACUUGGAUAAAUUAGUACAUUCGCUUAUGCAAAGCUUGGGCUAUGGGAGAUCGGAUAGAAAACAUUUUUUAACCUACAUGGACAAUACAUAUAAGAUACCAAAUAAAAAAUUAAAUAUUUGCGAGAAAAUGAAAGAUGUUUAUCAAAGUAAUCUUGAUUUUUCAAAUCCUUACGACAUACAACAUUUCAUAGAAAAUCAUACAAACAUCCUUGAUAAAUCUGUUUAUUCUAAAAACAUUCCGGUUCUCGCAUCUCAUUUGAAAAAUAUUAAUACUACAAUUAUUCAAACAAUUAAUAAAAUAAAAGUACAAAGAAAUGUUAUGGAAGGUAAACAUAAAUUAUUAAAUUCGUACAAGAAAAAUUCUCGCGUUAAGAAGUAUCAAGGAAUUUUGGAUGGUAAAUAUAAUAAAUACACAUUAAAAAAUACAACUUUGAAAAAAAAUAAUUCUCUUAUGAACUGUCCGCAACAAAAUAAAAAGAAACAUAAUAAUAUCGCAUGCAAUUUAACGAAUAAUAUAAUGCAAUAUAUGGAAUAUGAAAGCGAAUUAAAUACUAAAUUAUUAGAACUAUAUACGAAAGAUGAAGAAUUUAUCAAGAAAUAUAUACAUAUAUCAUUAUAUAUAGCAACAGAGAAGAUCGAUUGCUCAAAUUUUGAAAAGAUAGAUAGAAAAUAUCAACAAAAAGUUUUGCUAUGCAAGCAGGCAAUAUUGUGUUUGAUUGAACCAAGCGAAAAAGCAUAUGUCCUUUGUACAAAUAAUUUGUCUGGUAUUAUACAGAAACAUUUAUCGCAAGGAUGUAGAUAUUAUAUUGAAUCUUCAAGGUAUUUUUAUAUCUACAUAUAAUAUGUAGUAAGUUUAUAUUAAGAUUUGCUACCCAUAAGUUUUAAUUAUAAAAACUGUCCUUAGUGAUUCUACUGA